GAAAAGAAUGAAGAGAUUCGAUACUGACAUAGCGAGGAAUGAGGUUCCAAACCCUGCCUGAGUUGCAGGUGGUAUACUUUUUUCACAGUGAGGGAGUUUAGUAUCUCCCCUGGUCUCAGGAUACAAUGGUUAUGCUUAUUCAUAGACUUGUAUAGCUAAGUUUUCUUGAUAUUUAUGCUGUUUGUAUCCAACUCUUUGGGAAAGUCUGAGAUUGAAACAUCAUCAAAUGAUACAAGCAUUUGCUGAUUUUCUGUAGAACAUCAAUCGUUAGGGAAUGAGAUCAGAUCAAACGGGUCAAAACUAAAAUCAAACUGUAUUACGAUAGAAAUCAUAGAAUGCUAUAAUAGUCCCAGCGAAUAUAAAACUGGUCUAUAAUUGUAAAAAGCUGUAUGAAACCCAAAAAAUGGCCCAUACAGGUCUCGAACCUGUGACCUUCGCGUUAUUAGCACGACGCUCUAACCAGCUGAGCUAAUAGGCCGAUCUGCUGUUUUCUGUUGUAAAACUAAAGUUGACUUGCAUCAGGUAGAAAGAGGCAGAAAUUUCUAUGACUACUACAUUGUCAUCUUCUGAGAGCGUGCGUCCGCAACUUUGACCCCAACUGCUGAUGACGCCCAUGUCCCAAUCGGAAUCUUGCAGUGAUGCAGAUACUGAUCGAUCCAGGCUCCAGAGAGAUGGGGUGGGCGAUUGCACUCCACGGCGGCGCCGGCGACAUCCCCCUCUCUCUUCCACCGGAGCGCCGCCAGCCUCGCGAGGCCGCCCUCCGCCACUGCCUCCAGAUCGGCGUCGAAGCUCUCAAGGUCAACAAGCCUCCUCUCGACGUCGUUGAGCUUGUGGUUCGCGAGCUGGAGAAUAUUCCGGUGUUCAACGCCGGCAAAGGGUCAGUGUUGACCAGCAAAGGCACGGUGGAGAUGGAGGCUUGUAUUAUGGACGGCACUAAGAGAUGUGGAGCUGUUUCUGGGCUCACUACUGUAGUCAACCCCAUAUCUUUGGCCAGAUUGGUUAUGGAGAACACUCCUCACAUCUAUCUUGCAUUUGAUGGAGCAGAGGCCUUUGCUAGAGAACAAGGUGUAGAGACCGUAGACGCUAAUAGCUUCAUUACACCAGAGAAUGUUGAGAGGCUAAAGCAGGCAAAGGAGGCCAACAGAGUGCAGAUUGAUUAUACACAACCAAUUCAGAAAGAUGUCAAGGAGAACAAACCCGAGGCCGAUGGUGAUAGUCAGCUUGGAACUGUAGGAUGUGUGGCUGUUGAUGAUCUGGGGAACUUGGCUUCUGCGACUUCAACUGGCGGAUUGGUCAACAAGAUGGUUGGGCGGAUUGGGGACACGCCCAUUAUCGGCGCAGGGACAUAUGCCAACAAUCUGUGUGCAGUUUCUGCCACUGGGAAAGGUGAAGCAAUAAUUCGGAGUACAGCUGCAAGGGAUGUGGCAGCUCUUAUGGAGUACAAAGGUCUUUCUCUAAAAGAGGCUGCAGCUUAUGUUGUGGAGGAGAGUACUCCGAAAGGCAAUGUUGGCUUGGUUGCUGUAUCUGCCACAGGAGAAGUCACAAUGCCUUUCAAUACAACAGGGAUGUUUCGAGCUUGCGCUACUGAGGAUGGGUACUGGGAGAUUGGAAUAUGGCCUUCUGAUGUGCAAAAAUGAGUUGUUUGUUCUGCUUAAAACAGUUUUAAGUUGGAUCUUGAUCUAUGGAAGAUGACUGGCCAAAAUUAUUCUGUGCCUUAAUUUCUGAUAUCAAGUAAUAGAACAUACUUUGCAUA